UCACAUUUGUCUUUGGUUUCCUGAAGUAUUUGCAGGUUGACGUCUGGCUCAUUUCUGAAGUCCAAUCGAACAUAAAAAGAUAUGCAGGAGUCUAGUGACUUGAAUGGUGUGCAUGACACGGACUCCCACUUGGCGUUGGCCAAUCAGCGGAAUCAAUCCAUGGAGGAAUUGGACAACGUCGAGUGCCUCAGAAGGAAAACCAAAUAUUACUUUAUGAACCCCUGUGAAAAGUAUCACGCUCGUGGACGAAAACCAUGGAAACUCAUACUGCAGCUCAUCAAAAUUGCCAUCAUCACUAUCCAGUUGGUGUCGUUCGGUCUGAGCAACCAGAUGGUUGUGACUUUUAAGGAGGAAAACUUGAUGACAUUCCAACAUCUCUUCUUAAAGGAUUUUGUUGAUAGGGGCAUUGACACAUAUGCUGUUUACAGACAAGCAGAUGUUUAUGAUCACAUCAAUUACAUCAUUGAACAAUAUGGACGUCUGCAUAACACCACAGUAGGAAACCAUGAGUAUGAGAAAAACGGCUCCGUUUACACACCCUUGUCAGUGUGUCAGGAGUUCUACAGGAAUGGCACCAUCUACCCUGGCAAAGACACCUUUGAAAUUGAUGCACAUGUGGAAACUGAUUGCAUUGACAUUGAUCCAAUGAAUCAGUCGUCGUCUCAAGGCGUGCUUCCACAUUUUGAGUUGCACUUCAAAAGGAUGCUGUCUGUCAAGAUCACCUUCGUUCUCAAAGCCAUCAAUUUACAGACAGUUAGACACCGAGAGCUGCCAGACUGCUACGACUUCAACGUCAUUAUCACUUUCAACAACCAAGUCCACAGCGGCAGGAUAAAAGUGGACCUGGAAAAUGAUGUAGAGAUCAAUGAAUGCAGAGAUUGGAAAGUAACAGGAGCUGUUGCUAAAAGCAUAUACCUGACCCUGCUGUUCGACUGCCUCAUCAUCAUAACAUGCAUCACCUCCUGCGCUCUCUGCAUGCGCUCUGUGUUCAAUGGGAUACAACUGCAGCUUGUAAGUCAACUACAACACCUGGAGUACACACACUACUACAGGAAGCUCGGUGGUAAAGAUGUCCCUUGGUCUGACAGACUGGAAUUUAUCAAUGGCUGGUAUAUCCUAAUUAUUGCCAGUGACCUGUUAACCAUUACUGGCUCUAUUCUGAAGAUCGAUAUUCAAACCAAGGUUCUGACAAGCUACGACAUAUGCAGCAUAUUUCUUGGUCUAGGCACCAUGUUUGUUUGGAUUGGGGUCAUCCGCUACAUGGGCUACUUUCGCAAGUACAACAUCCUCAUCCUGACUCUCAGGGCGGCUUUUCCAAAUGUAAUUCGUUUCAUCUGCUGUGCUGGAAUAAUCUACCUGAGCUACUGCUUGUGUGGCUGGAUUGUCCUUGGCCCGUAUCACGAAAAGUUCCGGACUUUGAACACAGUGUCCGAGUGUCUCUUCUCGUUGAUCAACGGAGAUGACAUGUUUCCCACCUUUAAAAACAUGAAGCAGAAGAGCAACCUGAUUUGGAUUUUUAGCAGAGUCUACCUCUAUACCUUUGUCUCGCUUUUCAUCUACAUGAUCCUCAGCCUGUUCAUCACAAUCAUAACAGACACCUACGACACCAUCAAGCAACAACAGCAAAGUGGUAUCCCGACAUCAGAGCUCCAUCGAUUUCUAUCGGAGUGUAAAGAUCUCCCAAACUCUGGAGUCUACAGACUUGACAAGAACAGCUGCUUCUUGCACAGCUGCAUGAACAAGUGCAGGGACCAUCAUGAGAGGUUGACUUCGGAGGCAUAGUGUGUACAUGUUGUCGAAACAUAUACCGGUAAUUAAUUGCAAAAUUAUAUUUUAAAAAAAAAGAAGAAAAUAAGCAGAAGGGUUGUAAAAUCAGCAUAAAACCUAUUAGCAUGAGAAAUGUAUUUGAUGUGAUUUCAGAUAUAUGCAUUAUUCCACUCUUAAAACCAGAGAUAUGUGUUUCAUACAUAAUGUCAUUUUGAAUGCAAAGAUUUGCACUUAAGGAAUCAAGGGUGAAAACAUUGGCAUGUAAUUAUUUUAUUUUUUGAUUGUUCUUCUGAGAGAUUGUGAGUGUAACAUUCUAAACAUAUUUUCCUUUUACCACGUGAGCAGUCUUAUUUCAAAUAAGACCAUCUCAAAUAUGUUGGCAAUUACGUGUGCAGUACAUGCUGAAAGAGUUCAUUCUUUCAAAGGAUAAAUCAAGACCGUUUCGCCAAAUGAUUUGUACCUGGGGAAGCAGUGAAUGUAGUUAAAAGGCAAGGAUGUUCUUGUACAGUAAGUACAUCAUCUUUUUUCUAUGUAGGCCUUGUGAAUGGCAUAACAGAGAGGCACUACCAAAUAUGAUUGAUGUGAAUCUUCCGGUCAACUUCCAGCGUGGAAGCUUUAUUUUCCUGAUCCAUACAAUUACUAAGUUGUAUUACUCCUCAAUUAAAGAGUGAGUGGGAUAAAAAAAUAGUUUAAAAAAAAGAUGAAUAGUUCCAGUUUGAAUCCUAAAAUAAAAAAAAAUGCAAUAUAUAGUAGUUCCUUCCAUUCCAUCAGUCCGGUUUAGACUGAGUGACGUCAGAUGGAGGCAGGACCCGCUGUUCCUCCAUCCUGUUUGCCUGAGAACGCAAGAUGAGACUAAAGAAAUCAUCAUCUGGGACAGUCAUUCCUCGUGUGGCAGAAGGUGGAGCAGCGCACCUCUGGUCAUUCAGUCUGGAGCCCUUGAAUAAUGAGGCAGAAAAGUUAUUAAAAGCAGCUGAUGGUUAUUGAAACAGUCCGUAUGAAGGCAGUCGUAAUAGAACAUCCACAUUUACUUAACAGGUUCAUCUCAGUGAACUAAUGUACAUUUAUUGCAGUAGUUUAUUUCAAAAGGGAAACUUUACUACACAGUACACACAUAUUAUGUAUUAUUACUGACUUAAUCAUUUUAAUGAUUAUUAAGCAUCACAACUUACGUAUGCCAGAAAAU